AUGUCUGCACUUCGAAAGAAAUUUGGGGACGAUUAUCAGGUAGUGACCACCUCAUCCAGCGGGUCUGGAUUCAAUCAGCCUCCACCGGAGAAAAAGAAGAAGAGGCAGCGUUUCGUGGACAAGAACGGGCGAUGUAACGUCCAGCAUGGGAACCUGGGUGGUGAAACCAGCAGAUACCUCUCGGACUUGUUCACAACAUUGGUAGAUUUGAAAUGGCGUUGGAACCUAUUCAUUUUCAUCCUCACCUACACGGUCGCUUGGCUCUUCAUGGCCUCAAUGUGGUGGUUCAUCGCGUACAUCAGAGGAGACCUCAACAGAGCCCACAAUGACAAGUACACUCCAUGUGUGGCCAAUGUCUACAACUUUCCCUCAGCCUUCCUCUUCUUCAUAGAGACCGAGGCCACCAUAGGAUAUGGUUACAGAUACAUUACAGACAAAUGCCCAGAGGGGAUCAUUCUCUUUCUUUUCCAGUCGAUCCUCGGAUCGAUCGUCGAUGCUUUUCUGAUCGGCUGUAUGUUUAUCAAGAUGUCUCAGCCCAAGAAGAGGGCAGAGACGCUGAUGUUCAGUGAACACGCGGUCAUUUCUAUGCGAGAUGGAAAACUCACUCUCAUGUUCAGGGUCGGUAACUUGCGUAACAGCCAUAUGGUCUCUGCACAGAUCCGCUGCAAAUUGCUAAAAUCUCGCCAGACGCCUGAAGGCGAGUUUCUUCCGCUGGAUCAGUUGGAGCUGGACGUGGGUUUCAGCACUGGGGCGGACCAGCUCUUUCUCGUCUCACCACUCACAAUCUGCCAUGUGAUUGACACCAAAAGCCCCUUCUACGACCUCUCACAGAGGUCCAUGCAAACAGAGCAGUUUGAAAUUGUGGUGAUUUUAGAGGGCAUUGUAGAGACCACAGGGAUGACCUGCCAAGCCAGGACAUCAUACACAGAAGACGAGGUCCUGUGGGGACAUCGCUUCUUCCCCGUCAUUUCCUUGGAGGAAGGGUUCUUCAAGGUGGACUACUCUCAGUUUCAUGCCACUUUCGAGGUGCCCACCCCCCCCUAUAGCGUGAAAGAACAGGAGGAGGCUCUGCUGCUCUCUUCACCACUCAUGGCUCCUUCCCUGUGCAACAGUGGAGAGAAAAACAGUUCCCUGGACUGUCUGGAGACCCUGGAGGACAAUGACAGCACCACCAAGCUGCCUACCAAGCUUCAGAAGAUCACGGGGCGGGACGGCCUGCCAAAGAAGCUGCUGAGGAUGAGCUCCACCACCUCAGAGAUGACUUACAGCUUCGGAGACCUGCCCAUGAAGUUGCAGCGAAUCAGCUCUGUUCCUGGUGUCUCUGAUGACAAGCAGGGUGGCAAGGCCUCCAAAAUCAGCACAGAGCCCAUGAGCAAGUCAGUGGCGGACUUACCUCCCAAGCUGCAGCGAUUGGCUGGCGGAGGAGGGGGCAGGAUGGACGGACACCUGCCGCCUAAACUCAGAAAGAUGAAUUCUGAUCGCUUUACAUAA